GGGCGGCGGCGGCGGCGGCGGCUCGGGAUGGGCGCGGGGCCCCGAGCCGGCGGGCCGGGCCGCGGGGACGGCAGGUGACGCGCCCGCCGCGCCCCCCGCGCGCGCUCGCGGCCGAGCCAUGAUCACGGUGAGCCCCGAUGGCAAGAUCGUGGUCCGGAGAUGCCCGGUCACCCUGCGGCCCUUCCGGCUUUUUGUCCUGGGCAUCGGCUUCUUCUCCCUCUGCUUCCUGAUGACAUCCCUGGGGGGCCAGUUCUCAGCCCGGCGCCCCGGAGACUCCCCCUUCACCAUCCGCACGGAAGUGCCGGGCGGCCCCGAGUCCCGGGGGCUCCUCCGCAAGAUGAACGAGCUGCUGGAGGUGCUGGGCAAGCGCGUGGACACGCUGGCCAGGCUGGAGAACAGCAGCGAGCUGCAGCGCGCGGCCCCGGACAGGCUGCCCCCCGAGGCCGGCCUCCUGGAGCGCAUCCAGGCCAUCGCCCGGAACGUGUCGGACAUCGCCGCCAAGGUGGACCAGAUCCUGCAGCACAGCCUGAUCCUGCACGGCAAGGUGGCCGAGGGCCGGAGGGACCAGUGCGAGGCGCCCAGUGACCCCAAGUUCCCCGACUGCUCCGGGAAGGUAGAGUGGAUGCGCGCCCGCUGGACCUCGGACCCCUGCUAUGCCUUCUUCGGGGUGGACGGCACCGAGUGCUCCUUCCUCGUCUACCUCAGCGAGGUCGAGUGGUUCUGCCCCACGCUGCCCUGGAGGAACCGCACAGCCGCGCACGCGGCCCCCAAGACGCCCCCCAGGGUUCAGGCUGUUUUCCGGAGCAACCUGUCCCACCUCCUGGAGCUGAUGGGCAGCGGGAAGGAGUCGCUGAUCUUCAUGAAGAAACGGACGAAGCGGCUCACGGCCCAGUGGGCACUGGGCGCCCAGCGCCUGGCGCAAAAGCUGGCCGGGGUCCGCCGGGACCAGAAGCAGAUCCUCGUGCACAUCGGUUUCCUGACUGAGGAGUCGGGGGACGUGUUCAGCCCCCGCGUGCUGAAGGGCGGGCCCCUGGGGGAGAUGGUGCAGUGGGCAGACAUCCUGGCCGCCCUCUACGUGCUGGGUCAUGGGCUGCGCAUCACCGUGUCCCUGAAGGAGCUGCAGAGUAACUUAGGGGUGCCGCCAGGCCGGGGCAGCUGCCCACUCACCGCGCCCCUGCCGUUCGACCUCAUCUACACGGACUACCACGGCCUGCAGCAGAUGCGCCAGCACAUGGGACUGUCCUUCAGGAAGUACCGGUGCCGAAUCCGGGUCAUCGACACCUUCGGGACGGAGCCCGCAUACAACCACGAGGAGUAUGCCACACUGCACGGCUACCGUACCAGCUGGGGCUACUGGAGCCUCCGGCCCAAGCAGUUCAUGACCAUGUUCCCUCACACCCCCGACAACUCCUUCAUGGGCUUCGUGCUGGAGGAGCUGAGUGGCCCCGAGAGGCAGCUGGUCACAGGCGCCAAGAGCAGCACCAUGGCCGUGGUGUACGGCAAGGAGGCCAGCAUCUGGAAGGGCAAGGAGAAGUUCCUGGGCAUCCUGAACAAAUACAUGGAGAUCCACGGCACGGUGUACUAUGAGAGCCAGCGGCCCCCCGAGGUGCCGGCCUUCGUGAAGAACCAUGGCCUCCUGCCGCAGCCCGAGUUCCAGCAGCUGCUACGCAAAGCCAAACUCUUCAUCGGGUUCGGCUUCCCCUACGAGGGCCCAGCGCCGCUGGAGGCCAUCGCCAAUGGCUGUGUGUUCCUGCAGGCCGGCUUCCGGCCACCGCACAGCUCCCUCAACCACGAGUUCUUCCGGGGGAAGCCCACCUCCAGGGAGGUGUUCUCGCAGCACCCCUACGCAGAGAAGUUCAUUGGCAAGCCGCACGUGUGGACCGUGGACUACAACAACUCAGGGGAAUUCGAGGCUGCCAUCCAGGCCAUCCUGAGCACCCAGGUAGACCCCUACCUCCCCUACGAGUACACAUGCGAGGGCAUGCUGGAGCGGCUGCACGCCUACAUCCAACACCAGGACUUCUGCACGGCUCCCAGCCCGGUGUCCCCGGGAACCCCGGCCCCGCAGGGCACCCUGGUGCUGGCUCCCAACGCCAGCCACCUGGAGUGGGCGCGGAACGCCAGCCUGAGCCCCGGGACCUGGCCCCCCGCGCGCUCCCUGCGCGCCUGGCUGGCGGCCGAGGGCCGGGCCUGCACCGACGCCUGCCUGGACCACGGGCUGGUCUGCGAGCCCGCCUUCUUCCCCUUCCUCAACAGCCGCGCCGCCUUCCGCACGCUGCAGGUGCCCUGUGACAGCACCGAGUCGGAGAUGAGCCACCUGUACCCGGCCUUCGCGCAGCCCGGCCAGGAGUGCUUUCUGCAGAAGGACGCCCUGCUCUUCAGCUGCGCGGGCGCCAGCACCAAGUACCGCCGGCUGUGCCCCUGCCGGGACUUCCGCAAGGGCCAGGUGGCCCUGUGCCAGGACUGCCUGUGAGCCGCUGCGCGG